AGAGAUAUAUUUCUAAUUAAUUUUAGAAUGUUUUGUGUGUUUCUGUCACCCACAGACCCACCAUUAGGACUAUGUAUAACGACCUUGUCACAAUGGGUAAGUGAAAAUAGAAUAAUAUGUCAAAAAUAUAUAGAUUUGAUAACGGUUUCAAUAUUUGGUAUAACACUCAUUUACCUUCUCAUUUUCUUCUUUAUUGAUGCAGCUCGGAACUUCCCUCCAAGGUAAGGGCCUGGUGAAAAGAAUCUCAACUACACUACAAUAUUGCCACACAACAAAUGUGUUUUUGUAUGGCGACACAAUCAUUUAUUUCCCUGAAUGUCUUUCCAGGUCGGACCAAGACAUGGGGAAGCUAAUCAGAGGAGAGGAGAGCCCUUACAUGCUGCCAGGAGGAACAUUUGUUGGACUCCGUUUCCAAAACACCUGUGUUCUGAGUAGUCUUUUGGCCGGAAUACAUAUAACAGCAACAAGAUUUCGCAAAGUCAAAGAUUAUUUGAUGACGGACAACACAGUCGGUGGAGUAAUAACUUUUCUCGAUAACAAAAUGUAUAAUGAGGCGAUGGGUCUUUGGCUUAUUAAUCUAGAUUUGCGUGAUGUUAGAAAAAAAAAAUACUUUGACCAAACUGAAUAUCUAGAUUGUAGAGGCUAUGUCGAAUGCUUCCUACCAAACUUUGAUGACCUGAUAUUUAUCAAAUAUGAAGACGACGACAACGAUUACGAUAUGAGCCCCUCAGCUAGAAUUUACAAUGGAACACUGAGGUAAUAAGUCAUCAUUGACUACAUUUUCUAUGUCAUUGCUAUAAACAAGAAGGUUCUAUUUAACUAUUAAUUAUUGAAUCUAUCGGAUUACAUUUAUUUUACCUUAUAGGUGUGUGCAAAUACCAUGUGAAAUAUAAACAUGAAACACAUUUUGUUAAGAUACCAAUGGCAUUUUUAUUUUUGAAACUGUUAUUUUAUUUUCUCUGUCCAUCCUGUCGUGUUUCUCUUUCUGUGUGUUUUGAAAGCAAUUUUAAGCUAUAUGGUCACGUUUACAUCCUGGACACCAUACUUGACCCUAAACUCAUCCUGGUGAAUGUGCGUGGCCGAUUUGGGUACGGAGAUAAUCUUCCUUAUGUCAUCACGGAUGACUUUUCAAGGUACUGUUAGGUUGAACUACAUAUGUUUGGUGUCACUACCAGUAUGGUGCAUAUAGAAUGCAGGAAAUUAGGAUAUUGAAGGCUCUAAUCCAAUACUGGGGUUAAAUAUUUGGAAGUGGAUAUUUGACCGGUUUAGGAAUUAGAGUUAGGUCAAGGUUAGUUUCAGUGAGGUUAGGUUACGGAAAGGCAUAACAUUUAACAUUGGGCAUAACCCAAUGCCAACCCCAAUAAAGCUUCUGUUUUUGUAUUGUGUCCAUUCUGAUUUCAUUUACAUUUACAUUACAUUUGAGUCAUUUAGCAGACGCUCUUAUCCAGAGCGACUUACAGGAGCAAUUAGGGUUAAGUGCCUUGCUCAAGGGCACAUCGACAGAUUUUUCACCUAGUCGGCUCGGGGAUUAGAACCAGCGACCUUUCGGUUACUGGCACAACGCUCUUAACCACUAAGCUACCUGCCGCCCAUUUCUACUCCUAACAGGAAGUAUGAGCUUCAGUUCCUUUUGCUGGGUUUGAGCACAGCAGAGAUGAAACACAUGGUGCUGUGCGUUAAACAAGAAGGAGGACGAUGGAUGCUGUAUGACAACUCGGUAACGCCCCAAUUCCAGGACUUCAAUAUGGAGAUAGAAAUGAAGAAAUAUGGUAUUUACCUCGCUGCCUACGUGAAUUUGAAGAGUGCGUAUCCAGAGAAACAAGUGCAAGAAUCAGAGCGAGGUAAGGUAUAACCAGGAAAACUGAAAACAGUUCUAUGUUGUCACUGGAAUCUUCAGUAUUGAAGUAAUCCUAUAUUGUCUUAGUCAUUCAAUUCCUAAGUGCAAUUAUGAUUUGGCAAAUGCGCCUAAGCAUUAAUAUGCUACUCCAUUAUUUUACAGAAAAUGACCUCCCCCUGCCAGUGGUUGUAACAGUCAACAACCGCCGAUCAACAUUCCCAUUCAGCCAACCAGUGGAAGAAACAACCAUCUACACCCUGAUGUCGCAAGAGGAGGAUGCUUCCCCCCAAGGUCUGUUCCUAACCAUAGCGUGACUGCAGUUUUUCCCCCUUGCCACUGUCAUCAUAGGCUUGUUUUAAGGGGUAUUUGGCAUUAGGCAUUAGACUGAAAUGUUUUAUUAACAUUUGUUUAACACAUGGGUCGGUGACAGGAAGAGCCAUCACAAAAAACGAGUUUUGGGAGAGCAGCACAUGAAAUUGAUAAGCCCUCGUCAAGCACAAUUGAGACAAUAGCUAAUAUUCAGCACCACGGACGGCAGUCGAUUAAAUCAUCACGAAAUUUGACAUUCAAAACCACAGGAUAUUUUUUUAACUCUUUAAAUUUUUGUAUCACUCUUAGGCCUUCCUUUCGUUGUAGACUAGACUGCAGGGAUGGUAACAACACAGCUAACUUGCACAAAAACAUGUAGCCUGUACGAGAUGUAAACAUACCACUUUCCCCCACAGCUGAAUGAACUGUUAAUGUGUGGUAGGGAUUAGAGACCUUUUCCUUUGCGCACUUUGACUGCAUUUCUAACAAAAAGUUGAAUAGUUAUGUUUUUAAUUUUUUUAAUGAAAUGACUACUUAUGAGUGAAACAUUAUGGAAGACCCACCCCUGAUUUAACCAAAUAUGUUGUCAUAAAUUACGUGUAAAGUUCUGUUUUCCCCUUCUCUGUCCCUCCCCUGUGGAAGGGGAAAACGCAGAUGAAUGUGGCUGAGGGCACCCUGGCCUGAAUACACCGACAUUCCUGGCCUGAACCCACUUGGUCGUGCUGCUGAUCCCAGUCCUAUGGAACCCCAUGCUGACCAAGUCCACCUGGUUGUGCUGCCUCCACUGGAUCGGCCUGUCCCCUUAAGCCGCUACACCCACAAACUUGUAUUUCUUUACUUACCAUGCCUUUAUGAAAAGCUAUCUGACCACAGGGUCUUGAAAAUCUCUAUCCGGUACAGCCAGAAGAGGAUGGGCCACCCCACUGAGUCAGGUUCCUCUCUAGGUUUCUUCCUUUUAGGGAGUUUUUCCUAGCCACUGUGCUCUCUUUUCUACUUUGCUCUUUGGGGUCUGGGCCGGAUUACUGAAAAGUACUUGACAACUGCAUAAAUAAAUGUGAUUGAUUAACAACAGGGAUACUUUCCCAUUGAUUUUACAUAAGAGGCACCACCAGGUUCACUAAGUACAGUAUGUAAGUGUUAGAUUUAUAAGACAUUUGAUCGCAACUUUGCAUCUAUCAAAGUUCCAAAAUAUAGUGAGGGGAAAAAAGUAUUUG